ACAACAACUGAAUCUACUACUACAACUGAAGUGCCAACUACAACCACAAUGUCCACAACACCACAUACUGUACCUACAACUACAACUGAAGUUCCAACUACAACCACAGAAUCUACAACACCAGUUCCAACCACAACAACAUCUAAAUCUACAACACCAAAUGAACCUACUGCUACAACUGAAGCGACAACGAUAACAACACCAAAGACUACAACAACCCCAACUGAAUCUACUGCUACAACUGAAGCGCCAACUACAUCCACAAUGUCUACAACACCACCUACUAAACCUACAACAACAACAACUGAAUCUACUGCUACAACUGAAGCGCCAACUACAUCCACAAUGUCUACAACACCACCUACUAAACCUACAACAACAACAACUGAAUCUACUACUACAACUGAAGUGCCAACUACAACCACAAUGUCCACAACACCACAUACUGUACCUACAACUACAACUGAAGUUCCAACUACAACCACAGAAUCUACAACACCAGUUCCAACCACAACAACAUCUAAAUCUACAACACCAACUGAACCUACUACUACUACUGAAGCCACAACUACAACAACACCAAAGACUACAACAACACCAACUGAAUCUACUGCUACAACUGAAGUGCCAACUACAUCCACAAUGUCUACAACACCACCUACUAAACCUACAACAACACCAACUGAAUCUACUACUACAACUGAGGUGCCAACUACAACCACAGAAUCUACAACAACACCAGUCACAGUAUCUACGACUCCUUCAACAACUACUCCUGCUCCCUGUAAUACUAAAAUGAACAGAUGUGAGUGGUCAGAGUGGUAUGAUGUGUAUGACCCAAAAAAUGACAACAGUGACUUGGAAACAUAUGAGAACAUCAGAAAUAGCGGUAAACAGGUAUGUCAAGAUCCGAGCAACAUUGAAUGUGGAUCGACAGUUGACACUAGGAAAACUUCAAUGACUUUGUGAGUGAAACUGGCCAAGUUGUUACUUGUGAUCUGAAAAAUGGUUUAACAUGUCAACAAAAGGACCAGAUAAGUCCUCCACUGAAGUGCUUUAACUAUAGGAUCAGAGUACAAUGUUGUAAAAUGGUAGAUGAACCAUGUACAACUACUCCCGUCACUACUAAACCUAGUACUACAACUGAAGUUCCAACUACAACCACAGAAUCUACAACACCGGUUCCAACCACAACAACAUCUAAAUCUACAACUCCAACUGAACCUACUACUACAACUGAAGUGACAACUACAAUCACAAGAUCGACAACACCACUAACUAAACCUACUGCUACAACUGAAGCGACAACGAUAACAACACCAAAG